AUGACUACAAAAGAAAUUCCUAGUAUUGUAGAUAAUCUUUUAUUUUCGAAAGAAAACAAAACUAAGAAAAGAUUAAUUAGUAAUCUUUCUACUAAAAAUAAUAAAGCUAUUAAAAUUUCUGAAAGUAAUAGAAAAAAUUUAAGAAAUGAUCUUGUUAAUUUAAUAGCAUUACAUUCUGAAAAAAGCAAAGAAAGAAAUAAUCAUCUGAGUAAUAUUCAUAAUCAAGAUAUCUUGGCUAAAGAUUCUUUUAUUUGGUUGAUCGCUGAUGCUAGAAGUACUGAAGAUAGAGUAAAAGAAUUGGAAUAUGGUAAAAAAUUUUAUGAAGACUCUAUUGGAACUGAAGUAUUUGGAUUUGCUGCAUAUACUUAUGGAAAGGUUUUAAUCGAUGAUGAAGAAAAAGGAAUAGAAGCGAAAAAAAUAUUUGAAAUCGCAUUUUUUCAAGGUGGAUACAUUGACGCAAUUAAUAAACUUCAUGAAUAUUUUGGAGAUGAUAUUAAAAUUUUUUAUGAAGAAAAAUUUAAAAAUGAUGAUUUACAUGAUCUCGAAUAUUUCUAUUAUGCUGAAAUCCUUCUUGCUGAUAAGAUUAUUAGUGAGGAUAGAGCUAGUUAUAUCAUGGAUAUUUUAAAUGUUGGUGUUGAGAAGGAAGAUAAAAAUUGUCUUUUGUUAUAUCAUCAUAUGUUACAAAAAAAGAUGGGUUCAAAAGAACAUCAACUUAAUAAAGAACAUAUUGCUGAUAUGUUCAAAGCUAAUUUUAAUAAUGAAAAAAUGGAAUUAAAAUCAAUCAAUAAUAAUCUUAUUGUAAAAAUGAAAAAGGAAAUAAAAUUUAAGCCUGAAGAUCAUAUGGUGACUAAAUCUAUUAAGGAUCUUGGCAUUAUUUACAAACAGAAGAAAAAUUCUAGUCCAAUUGGUGAUAAAUAUAUGGAAACCGAUGAAACAUUAAUUGAUUCAUAUGAUUUAGGUGAUUUAAAUGAUAUUGAAAGAUUGAGUCCUAAUCAUUAUAUGGGAAAAUUAUUAUUUGGAAAUAAAAAAUAA